CGUGCGGCGUAGGGACUGGCGGAAGUCCGUGUUCGGGAAGAUGGCGGCCCCCAUGCCAUGAGGACCGGAGGGGAGGGAGAGACAAGAGUGUGAGGAUGGAGGUGGACGUGAGAUUGCCGGUGGCUCGGAAACGGGUGAAUGAUGUGGUGGCGGAGAAUAACUGGCACCUGGUGGCUCCCGGGGACACCAUCACCACAGACACCGGGUUCAUGAGAGGUCAUGGAACGUACAUGGAGGAUGACAAGCUGUUGGCGUCCGUGGCUGGUGUGGUAGAACGAGUCAACAAACUUGUCUGCGUCAGAGCUCUGAAGACGAGAUAUAAUGGGGAAGUUGGUGACAUUGUUGUGGGAAGAAUAACAGAGGUACAGCAGAGACGGUGGAAAGUGGACACUAACUCACGUUUAGACUCUCUUUUGCUGCUUUCAUCUGUGAACCUGCCGGGUGGGGAGUUGAGGAGGAGGUCAGCAGAGGACGAACUGGCAAUGAGGAGUUACCUGCAGGAAGGAGAUCUGAUUAGUGCCGAAGUCCAGGCGGUGUACUCUGACGGUGCGCUAUCCUUGCACACUCGCAGUCUCAAGUAUGGCAAGCUCGGACAAGGUGUCCUGGUCCAAGUGUCCCCUUCACUGGUUAAGAGGCGCAAAACUCACUUUCACAAUCUUACCUGCGGAGCUUCUAUCAUCCUGGGAAACAAUGGCUUUAUCUGGCUCUACCCCACUCCGGAACAGACUGAGGAAGAGGCUGGGGGAUUUGUCACCAAUCUAGAGCCAAUAUCAUUAUCUGACCGGGAAGUGAUUUCUCGCCUGAGGAACUGUAUCCUGGCUCUGGCCACUCAGAAGAUGUUGUUGUAUGACACCAGCAUCCUGUACUGCUAUGAAGCUUCUUUGUCUCACCAGAUUAAAGAUCUUCUGAAGUUGGAGGUUAUAGAAGAUAUAGUGAUGGAGACCAGACAGCGUCUUGUGGAGCAGGAAGGAUAGUGCUGUCUCUUCAGCGUCUUCCUUUCUGAAUAAGCUUGCAGGAAAACCUUUAAGAACAAAACAAAACCCAAUGAAGUCACUGAGAAUCCUGCCAUGGAAAGUGAUAGUACAGUACUAGCAGGCAUCCAUUUUAGCGCAUUGUCAAACAAAUACCAUUUGUUUACAUUUCAGUCUGUGUGGCUUGUGUGCUCUAAGGACCUAGAUUUUCUUGGCGGAAGCAAAUAAUUGGUGACUGUUUUCAAGAGAGCUGCAAUCUGUGGCAUGUUUCCAGAGUUUUUCUGGGUUACCUUUGACAGGUUAUCUUCACAAGUGUCAGAAAGUUUUGAGUUCAUUUGAUAUUGCUAAAUUGACAGGAAUUCCCAUGUCUUAAAUCUGACCAUUCUGUUUCACUGCACAGCGGUCAUAUCUGUGUCCAAUUUGUCCUUUCAUUUGCGGCCAAAUUGUAUGGAUCCAGCAAGCGGGCUGAAUGACUGUAUACUACGGUUCUAAUUAGAAUGUUGGGCAGCGACUGCAUUUUCUGCAGAUAUUUUUUUUUAACUGCUAGCCGUUAUGAACCACAUGCAGGAAUGUAUGUCCAAUAUGGUCCCCUCCCGAACCAAAGAAAACAAAAACAAAAAACAAGCACAUAUACUAGUGGAUAAAAUAAUGUAAAACACAGGAGUCCGUCAGACGUAGAAGUCAGCAGGGGGUUUUAAGGAUGCAGGAAAUAUAUGCAUUCAUUUACAGAAAUGACUCUCCAGGAUCACCUGCAGCUAAAUAUUUAGGUGCACGGAGUUCUUGGGAUCUGUAGCUAGGGAUGGUAUUGCUUUAGACUAAAGGGGGGUACGCACGGAGCGAUCGCUGCUUAAAAUCUAAGCAAUCUGACUAGAUUGCUUAGAUUUUAAGCACGAUCGCUCCGUGUGUAGCCCCCUCAGCGAUAGCGAUGCGCAGCCCCGCGCAUCGCUAUCGCUGCUGCUAGAUUGGCCUGCAUGCAGGCCAAUCUAGCGGGUCGCUCACUUCACCCGCUGGGUGAAGUGAGCGGCCCCCCCGUCUCCCCCCGCACGCUCAGCACAGAUCGCGCUGUGCUGAGCGCCGGGAGAGAUGUGUGCUGAGCGGUUCGCUCAGCACACAUCUCUCUGCUAUCGGCCAGUGAGUACUGGCCUUUAGAGUUUGGUUCUGGUUUUCCCAUAAAAGUAAAAAAAAAAUCCUACAGCGAAUAAUAUGUCUAUUUAUGACUUCGACUUCUGAGACAGCGGGCAGUUGCUUUAUUGGGUGCAUAACAUUGAAGCAGGGAACUAAUGGGGGGCAGAGAAACAGUGAGAAAGGUAGAUAAAUGGGGGGAGGGAAUGCAUGGCAAUAUUCAUAAAGAUAGAAAUGCAAUCAUACAUACCUACUGGAUUUUUAUUUGCAUUCCUCUUUAUGCCGUGAUCGAACGAGUCAUUGAUAUCAUAGCUACUUUUUUAAUAGUAGUGCUCCCUUUUUAAUAGUGGAUUUGUAAUUUAUCAAUUAGUUUAAAAAGCUGUGCAAUGCAAAUUGGAACACUGCAGUAACCGAGCAGGCAAUUGCAAUGUUCCUUUGUAAUUAAAACUGCUGAAAUAAGCAUUGCACAGUUGUCAUAAAUUAAUGACCUGCAUUUGUAUUGCUGUUUGAGUAGAUAACACUGUGAGCUCCCAAUUAAAAUAGUGACUUCAUAUAAAAGGCAGAUGUUUCCCGUUCCGCAGAACACAAACUGCGGCAGCAGGAGACAUUGAUGUAUGAUGCAUAUGUCGUCGGAACCUUUUUCGGGGGUAUGGAAAUACAUUUGUCCCCUGUAUGAAUAAAAAGUAAAUUGUUUUGUAUUUUGUUUAAGUAAAAGUUCCAUGUUUGCUAAGA